AUGGCUGCACAACAACAAGAACUAGAUGAGAAGAACCCAUUCUAUGAGUUAGUUGUUAUUUGUUCGACUUCUGGUCAAUUUGACCAAACCGUCAAUUCGUUCAAAGAUAUUAUAAAGAAGUCUAAGUUAGUAUGUAUAAAGGAUACUGAGUUGUUAGAUUGGAUAAAGAAGUACCAAAGAAGAGUUUUGAAGUAUAAUGCUAUAAAUGAGUAUAUAAAUUCGAAGUUUAAAGACCCAAAUGAGGAAAUGCAGAGAAUAUUAGAGAAGAAACACUUCAGAAACAAACAGAAAGAGAUAGAAUACAUUUCGAAGAAAUUGCAAUCUUACGAUUGGAAGACUUACCCUCAUAGAUGUCUUCUUAUCUUAGAUGAUUUCGCCUCUCAUCCUUUGUUAAAGAACAGAGAACAAGAUAUGUGUCGAAUUCUUAAGAAGCUCAGACACUUUAACAUCUCAGUUGUCAUUUGUGUACAGACAGCAAAGAGUUUAAGUAAGGAUGUUAAAAGAAUACUUACUGACAUAAUACUUUUCCCCGGAUUGUCCGAAGACGAUUUCAUGGAACUUAUGAAAGAGUCCAUGGCAGGUAAGUUUGACAGACAUGAACUAUGGGAGAAGUACAAAGUCAUACAAGACCCUCAUACUUCUUUCAGAAUUCAUAUCUACGCAAACAAAGUUCAAAUUGUAAAAAGUCAAGCUUGA